AUGGGCUGUUUUGGGAGCAAAGACAAAUUGUCAAAAGAAGAUAUGGAUUUUUUAAAAUCGCACACCAGAUACGACGAGAGCACUAUCAAGGAAUGGUAUAAAGGAUUCAAGCAAGACUGUCCAAAUGGUAGACUAACGCCCGCCAAAUUCGUAGACAUGUACAAAAUGUUCUUCCCGAGCGGUAACGCGGAAGAAUUUUGCGAUCACGUCUUCAGGACAUUUGAUAUGGAUAAAAAUGGUUAUAUUGACUUUAAAGAAUUUUUACUUGCGAUAGAUGUUACUUCCAGCGGCACGCCAGAAGAAAAACUAAAAUGGGCGUUUAGGAUGUACGAUGUUGAUGGAAAUGGCGUUAUAGAUAUACAAGAAAUGACUAAAAUCGUUCAAGCAAUCUACGAUAUGUUGGGCGCAUGCUCAUCCAACAGACCGGCAGAUUCCGCCGAAGAAAGAGCGAAAAACAUUUUCGCCAAGAUGGACGAGAACAACGACGGUCAGCUCACCCAGGACGAAUUCCUGAAGGGCUGUUUGCAGGACGAGGAACUGUCGAAAAUGUUGGCGCCUUAA